CAUUGUACGUGCUAAAAAUUUCUAGCAUAAGCAUCUGAAAAUUCGGAAAUUUUUUUUAAGUGAUAUUACAUUCAAUAAAGUGUUAUAUAUUCAAUUGAUCUUCACACUAAGAUUGGCGAAUAAAGACAAAUUGUAAGGGCGUCUAAGAUUAAAAUAUUUCUAUCAGAAUAAAUUACAUAUGUCUAUACAUAUAUAGAGUGUAAUUUAUAAGCUUAUCUUACGGCGAUUAGUCUAAAACUAUUGGACGUUCUAUAUGUGUAAUAUACCAAAAUAGUAUGGCGUGAUGUAUUAUAUGGUUAACAUCAAUAAUAAACGUUGUAGGUUCCAAAAAACUAGGAAAGAUAGCGGGGAGUAGGCACUGUUGCGUAGAUAAAAAUCGUCAAAUCAUUGGAUUGAGAUUAACAAAACAGAUGCUACGUUAACAGUGAGUAUAAGGAAAAUUAAGAGUCCUUAUAAAUGUAUGUGUAGUAGAUAAUAUAAUGUAUUGUACUAGAUUAAUUAAGAAAUAAUUACUAGAUACUUUAGAAUCCUGUUAAGACGAGGACAAUGCGACUUGUCAUUUUGCCUAAUAGUCAAACAAUAAUAGCAUCUGACAAAUAUAUAUUUUUUAAUUUAUCUCUUCUACUUUUUGCACUCAUGUGCCUAGCUCUGCUAUACAUGACCAGAACUAAUUGUUUAGCAUGUCCAAACUAGGGAGCUCUACAGCAGUCGUUAGUGGUGUUAUGUGGCCGUCUGUACAUCUACGUACUGUUCGUUUUGCACGUUUGUGUGAAAUUCGAUUGUUUUGAAAGUUUUUACUUUAAAUAAUUUAUUACACAUUGUUUACAAAUGUUAUGCUGACCAUUCGAGAGAAAACUUAAGGAAUAAGUUUUAAAACAACAAGGCAAGUGUUUUCAGAGUAUUUUGAUUUGAAGAUAGUUGAUAUAACACAAUAACGAUAUCUUCAAGAAUAACAAUUUGGCCGCCAGGUAUCUGGCGGCCACUCAACGAAGAGUUGCUUCGUUAUAAAGGUUAAAAGGGUGAAAAUUAUGUACAGAUCCAACCACUGAAUGCCUCACUUUAACGGUAUUGGUAGAAAAGCCAGUGAUGACCAUGUCGUGAAAAGUCAGUGGUUCGUGCCGGUGGAGGCGGUAGUCCGGCCGGCAGCGGCCGUGACGGCCGCUUCUUCACCUUAUUCUGUUAGUAUUUGGUUACUUUUAGCACGAUACUGGCUCUCUCUAAUCAUAAAAAACUCGCCAAGAAAUAGAAAACAAUCCUAGUUUAGCGGAACCGUACCUUAAGGUUGUCACUAUCAUUCCUGGAUUUCAAUAACACUCAAAAUAAACUGUUGCCAACGGACCUCAACUGCUCCUUGUCCGCGUAACGACGGCCGCGCGCCGGACCCAAUGAACGAGUCCGAGUGUCAAACGUUGCGAGAUUCGCUGGUGUGGAGAGACCCGCACGUGUUGGGAGCCCUUGCUGGCUUUUCGUUCAUAGCCCUCAUAGUUACCAUCGGUAAUACGUUAGUUGUAGCCGCCGUAUUCAACAGCUCCAAGUUGCGGUCACCCACCAACACGUUUAUAGUAUCACUGGCAGUAUCUGAUCUUAUGGUCGGCGUCACUGUACUUCCAUUUAGCGCAACGUGGGAGGUAUUUAAGGUGUGGUUAUUUGGUGAUUUAUUAUGUUCUGUAUGGUUGGCUGUAGAUGUAUGGAUGUGCACGGCUAGCAUUCUUAACUUGUGCGCCAUCUCUUUGGACCGAUACUUGGCCGUCACCCGUCCAGUUCAAUAUCCUAGCCUGAUGACUAAAUUUCGGGCCAAAGUUCUAGUCGUGAUAGUUUGGGUGUUAAGUUUUGUUAUAUGUUUACCACCACUCGUUGGAUGGAGGGAUACCCAAAUCCAGACGGAAGCUUCCACCGUUCUUAUCCGAAACCAUUUAUACCAAAAUGACACUCACCGUCCACAGUAUGAUACAUUAUUACCUCCAUGUCCUUGGAUAUGCGAGCUACCCAAUAACAAAGGUUAUGUGGUAUACUCGGCUCUCGGUUCUUUUUACAUACCCAUGUUCGUCAUGUUGUUUUUUUACUGGCGUAUUUACAAAGCGGCUGUGCAUACUACUCGAGCCAUCAACCAAGGCUUUCGAACAAUGCGUAGCCGACGGACUUUUGGCAACCGUUUUGAUGAUGAACGACUUACAUUACGAAUACAUAGGGGUAGGGGUUCUUCGUUGAAACAACAACCUAUGAUAACUCCUACAGCUAUGGUGGCCGCUGUGUCAUCGCCUAUUAACGGAGGAUCACCUUCUUCGGAGAUUGUGAGGAGUCGGAGAUCGUCGGCAAGGCGUAAUAACCACGAGCAAAUUCAAAUUAGUGUCAGUUACCCUAGUUCAGAUUGUAUAAGUGCCGCAGCAGCUGCAGCAGUUAUCACCAGUACUUCUGUAGAUGCAAACGGAAACUCACCUCCCGAAACGCUAAGCCAGAAAUCUCGAAGUUCGUUAUCAUCCACCACAUCACCAACUAGUUCCAGUCCACUAUAUGCCGUUCAUUACUCAGCAAUAGACGAUAGUUACCAUCACAAAAGGGCCAAUACGACAGUGGCCACUGGCAAUACCAGGGAAACGUCAAGCUGUCAACUUAGAGUAACGAGUGGUAGUCGGAAAGAACACCGUCGUUGCAGUACUGGCGAUACUGUAUCUCCACACUCCCGACUGUUACUAGGCACUACACAUCAAAAUAUGCACAGAACAUCUAUAGCCAAGGAACAAUUAUCGCCUUCUCCGUCGUAUGAUGACUCUACGGGCGGCGGAGAUAGAACUUCAAACCAAGGCGGUAGCAAGUCCAAGUUAACGUCCAAGGUGAUGGGCGGCGGUAAAAGAAACAUAAAGGCGCAAGUAAAACGAUUUCGAAUGGAGACAAAGGCUGCCAAAACACUAGGUAUUAUCGUCGGUGGUUUUAUCGUUUGCUGGUUACCAUUUUUCACUUUGUACCUGAUUCGCGCAUUCUGGCCUACUUUCAUACAGCCCACGCUAUUUUCAGUCAUGUUCUGGCUAGGCUACUGCAAUAGUGCCAUCAAUCCAAUGAUAUACGCGCUAUUUAGCAAGGACUUCCGAUUCGCGUUUAAGAGGAUCAUUUGUCGUUACUGCUGCUGGACCAACGCCAACGAAUCCGGGACUCUCAUUGCAGGUGGCCUGGCCGUAACCGAUUACGGACGACGUAAAGGGUCUGAUGGUUCACAGCUGGGAAGCAAUGCGUCUCCUCGGGCCAGGUACCAUGGCAGUACCGAUGCUUGUAGCACCAGAAGCCUUCGAAUAACACAAUACUCAGACUGCGAACCCCUAAACGAACCCUAUUCAGACGACAGAUGACCAAAGUGAUAAUCGGUCCGCCGCAUACUGUCUCUCCUCACACAUGUUAAUGAUGCUAAUAAUAUUAUGAUAAUAAUGAUUAUACGUUAUAAUAGAGUAUGUUCUAUAUAAAAUAUACACGAAUAUAUAUAUAUAUAUAUAUUCACUCUUAAACACACACAAAUCACGACAUUUACAUAUAAAUACACUGAAAAUAAUAAUCGUGUAACUAUAAAUUGAUUUUCACACCAACAUGGUAUUAUUAUUAUUAUUUUAUUAUUAAAUAUUGUCAUAAAAAUGUGUACGUUAAAAUAUUAUUUAUUAAUAUUAUGAUAUUGUAUAUUGUUUAAUAAAAUGUUUGCUGAUAUAAAU